GUGACGUCACCGACCGCUUCACAAUCUUCAUACAGGACGCUGCUGAUUAAAUCAGUGGCUUCUACAUUCGAGCUAACCGCUAAACGCUCUUGGAAAGCAACCCACACCACACAACUCAUCGAAGAUGCCGUCAAUAUUUCGAACUCAACCUGAACAGUGCUGAUAGGAACCUCGGACAGCAUGACCGAUGUCAACGAAAGUUCCAACUGUUUCUACCAAGAACCGUACUGCGGAAGCACCGCCUGGUUCGUCAUCAACAUCAUCACCACCACGAUUACCCUCAGCGGUAACCUGCUCACCAUCGGAGCGAUCCUGUUCAGCAAGCGAUUGAGUUCCGUCAUCGCAAACCAAUUCGUUUUCAGCUUGGCCGUUAGCGACCUGCUGGUGGGAUGCAGCGUGCCGUACCACAUGGCGUUCUACGUGGUCGAACACUUCGGCGCGAACAAACUGAACUGUCUGUUGCGAUUCGUGCUCAUCUCGUUCGCGUGCUCCAGUUCCAUAUGCAACCUGCUAUUCAUAGCAGCCGAUCGGUACGUGGCCAUAGUGUACCCGUUGCAUUACGUCAGACUCAUUACCAGGAAAUCGUCGCUGGUGAUGAUUAUUUUAGGGUGGUGCAUGAGUUUCUCGGUGGCGGUGGUGCCGCUCAUGUGGAACGACUGGCAUCAGGCGCCCGUGUGCGAGCUGAUCGAAGUGAUUCCGCAGAACUACAUGAACUUCGUCGUGUACCCGAUGUUUAUUCUGAUAUGGGUGAUGAUGCUGCUGCUGUAUUCGAGGAUUUGUAGGGAGGCCACCGGGCAUGCGAAGAGGAUGAGGAGUGCGGGUAGUUGCCAGAAUGUGGCAAUACUGAAGGACUCCAAAAGCAUACAAGUGAUGCUGAUGAUCCUGGGCUGCUUCACCAUCUGCUGGCUGCCCUACUUCGUCAUCGCCCUCUACGCCCGCUACCACAAGGAGGCCAAGUCGGCCCUCCUCUACGAGAUCGCCUUUAACCUGGCCGUGGCCAACUCGGGCAUGAACCCGCUCAUCUACGCGUGGAAGAACCACAACUUCCGCGCCGCCUUCUUCACGCUGCUGCGCUGCCGCUCGCUGAACGCGUACGGCAGCGCGCAGUACGUCACCAAUCACGUACCGAGCAAGAAGAACUCCAUCUCGAACGAGGACGAGUUCAGGUGUCCCUCGGUGUGCGAACAGCUGGAACUCGCCGAGUACAAAACGGACGGGGAUAAAAACAGUUUGAAGAGUAACGGGACUGUAGUUGACAGCGUGUGACACUAAUGUAAAUGCAUGUCUCUAAAAAUCGUUGAAUCAAAAGCCUAAGAGGUAUAGGUAUCAAAUAAAUUUGUCGAAAGAGCGAUUUUAAGCAUGUGUAAAGUUCGUCCAUUCAGUCUGGGGAGAUUUCGAGAGACGACGUGACGAAAUGACAGAAAAUACAAUUUGCGUAACGGGACUGUAGUGUGACAGUAGUGUAGUUGAGUAAAAGACUAAGAAAUAUAGGUUAGUGAAGAUUGCCAGACACUACGUCCAAAAAUGACAGAAAAUAAUAUUUACAUGUGAAAUAAAAUGACAAGAUAAUAAAUGUCACUGUCAUGUAUCUUCUCGUUGUCUAAAAAUAACGAAAAAAUAAAUAUGCCUAAAAACCACUGAAUAACUAGACUAAGGAAAGAAUGUAUCAAACAACUUAUGGUUGGUUCAUUAAUGCUAAUACAAAAUUAUGCGAUGGCUAUGAAAUGAAGAUCGCUGUCAUUUUAUAUGGGAAAUGUCAUCGAUCGUCAUUUCCUAGCUAACUGGACGCCGUUUUUUUUCGAUCAUACGGUACUUCUUCCUUAGUAUUCUUGUUCAAUGGUAAGAACGCAUACUAUGGUAUAAAAUGAAUUAAGUUCCAAUGUAAAAACUCCAGAAGGUUUAUUUUAACUCAUCUUGAUUAUUUGAAAUUUGUAUAGUAUUACAAAAAAUGUAUAAAAUAACAGUACAAUUCAAUAAUUAUACAAUAUAUUAUA